AAACGUUAUGCAAUAUCCGGGGAACACUUCCAUACCACAACAGUAAAAACAUAUGUGACUGAAACAGCUGUUUGCAUGUGAAUUCAGAAAAUUGUUGUUUCUCUUUUUCGCCCUAGUCGGAUAAGGGGGGUGGGGGGGAUAUUGCGGGUCGGUACACCCGUCCAACAAACGUCUACGUUGAUGUGCCAGUUGCCUAGUGACGAAAAAGCUACUGAUGAUUUCCUGUUUUGAAAAUCGGCUUGUUGUUACAUUAGCCUGCGCUAAGGAAGUUAGAAAUCUGGAUCGAUUAUGUGCAGAAAAUGGGAGAUAUUCACAGGUUUUCUUCAAUUAAGUAGCUAGAUUAUACCCUUUGAAUUUGGGGUAACAUUUACAAAGAUUGGACGAUUUGAAGUCAUGAAUAAUUACAUGUUUAUCAGAGUUGUUGGAAAGGGGAGUUAUGGAGAGGUGAAUCUGGUGAAACACAAAACAGACCGUAAACAGUAUGUCAUAAAGAAGUUGAACUUGACCACGUCCUCGAAACGUGAGCGGCGAGCCGCGGAACAAGAGGCUCAGCUUCUCUCGCAACUACGACACCCAAACAUCGUGACUUACAGGGAGUCGUGGGAAGGAGAAGACUGCCAGCUCUACAUUGUCAUGGGCUUCUGCGAGGGAGGCGACCUCUACCAUAGACUCAAGCAACAGAAGGGGGAACUCCUGCCUGAAAGGCAGGUGGUGGAGUGGUUCGUCCAGAUAGCUAUGGCCCUCCAGUAUCUACAUGAGAAGCGUAUCUUGCACCGGGACCUAAAGACCCAGAAUAUCUUCCUGACCAAGACUAACAUAAUUAAAGUAGGAGACCUUGGCAUCGCCAGGGUUCUGGAGAAUCAGAAUGACAUGGCCAGCACCUUAAUAGGAACACCGUACUACAUGAGCCCGGAGCUGUUCUCCAACAAACCCUACAACCACAAGUCUGACGUGUGGGCGCUGGGCUGCUGUGUGUACGAGAUGUCCACCCUGAAACAUGCCUUCAAUGCCAAGGACAUGAACUCACUCGUUUACCGCAUUGUAGAAGGAAAGUUACCUCAGAUGCCUUGUAAGUACGACCCUCAGCUGGGAGCUCUGAUAAAGAGCAUGCUGUGUAAGAGACCAGAGGACAGACCUGAUGUCAAACUCAUCCUACGUCAGCCCUACAUCAAACAACAAAUCGCCAUGUUUUUAGAGGCCACCAAAGAGAAAACUGCCAAGUCCAGAAAGAAAGUGGUUGGUGGCAGUAGCAGACCCAAUAGUGCAGCAUCUGUGGUUUUGUCUCAACCAAGGCCUGAGCGCCCCACUCAAUGUCCCCAGCCAGACCCAAACACCAGAGGGAAAAGGAAGGAAGAGAUCAACACACAGGACCACAAAGGACGUAAUGGAAUCACAGAGGACACCCCACCCCAGACACAUCUAACACCCAAAUCCCCUACACCAGACAUUCUCAACACCACUGGUGCGUCCUUGGCAACCAUCAGUAACAUUGACAUUGAUCUCCAGACACAGGAAGAGGAGACAAACGCCCAGAGAGGGGAUCCUCCCCAGACCGUGUCCAACGCAAGGGCAGAUAAUGACGCUCUGUGUGAGAGGCCCAUGGAGGAGCGGAAGGGAGGGAAACAGGAUCCCUCCCCCCCUCUGCCUCCUCGCAGGCUGCUAUCAGGUGUCAGUACCAGGGAAGAGGAGAGGAAGACCGCCAAUGGACCUGUAAUGCAGGGUGCCCCAAAGCCCAGAGACAGAGUCAGAACCUCUGUAGAGAAAACUGUGAACACGGACGAUAAAGAUGACACAAUGGAGCUACUCAAGGAUGUGGUCAUUGAGAGCCCAGCUACUGAACGUAGUAUAUGUCUGGGUGUUUCUACCAGCUUGCCUGAGUUAAGGUCUGCAGGACAACUAAAAGUGGAAUCCACUGGACAGACCUUUGUAGUAAAUAUAGAGAACAAGGAUGACACAAGGAAUCUUCUCAAGGAGGUUCCUGCACACAAACAUACUGCCGUUGUCAGAGAGAGCUUGGAAUCCACAGAAAAGCUAUUAGAGCCCCUUCCUCCUGUGGCACCCUGUCACGUGGAGCCCCUCCCCCCAGUCCCAGAGCAGGACACGCCCCCUCUGUGUACCCCCUCCUCUGAAACCUCUGUCUCUCACCAACAUAGACAAAGGGACAGGGUGCGGAUACAGAGUGAUCAGGACAAGUGUAAUAAAGUAGCUGGUCCUAGACCUCUACCUCCUCCUCCUGUUAAUGCACUGGUAGUGGAGGUGAAGAAGAGAAGCAGGACAAACACAGAGAAGAGGGCCACCAUAACAACUUCCUCCACAACCGUUAGCUCCUUCAAGGACAGCAACACUCCACUGCCACAGCAGGAGCGCCUUCUGUCAGCCAGGGAGAGGAGAAGACUGAGGCAGUCCCAGCAGAACCCCAGCCAACCAGUUGUCAAUGCAGUAAGAAGGGCGUCUUAUGAUGUUGCCUCUUUACAUAAUAAGCAGCCAGAGUUCCAGAACUCCACUGUCACUUGCUCUGUGUCUGACAUGGGCAAGGAAACCAACAAGCAGGACAGGUUUUUGGGGCGCCUGUCAGACGAGGACGAAUGCAGCUCCUCCACCAGCUCAACCGAUCACUCAGAGGGGGACUGCAAAGAGGGAAAGAGUGAAUCCAGUGAUAUGCAGGACCUGGUUCAGAUGAUGACCCAGACAUUGCGAAUGGAUGGCAAAGAUACUGUUAGUGAGCUGGAUGGUGUGAGAUCUACUCCGCUGACUGAGUUUAAGCUGAACAGGAAGUACAGGGACACCCUGGUGCUGCAUGGGAAAGCUAGAGAGGAGCAGGAGUUCCACUUCAGUGAAUUAUCCACCGGCACCACAUCUGGACCGGCAAAGAUCCGCAGAGCCAUUGAGCACCUGAAAACAGAUGUGGUGAAGGGACUUGGGGUGAAGCUGUUGAACAGAGUCCUGGACAUAAUGGAGGAUGACGAUGAGGACAAACGAGAGCUGUGUCUUCGGAAGCAGAUGGGAGAGGACAAGUACCAGUCAUAUGCUUUGAUGGAUAACAAAGGAGAGCAACAGAUGACUGCCCGAUGUCAUUACGGAGAGAUGCAGUAGUGCCAGGUAUGAUUCUGCCCUUUGAGUCUGAGUUCUCUCCUGAGCUCAUACCGGACCCUGUGAGAACUGGAGAGGAGAUCCCAG